UGCCAAAAAGCCACCUACAUUUUGCUGUUGUUGUUGUUGUUGCCCUUCCUGGGACAGCCUCGCUUGUUAUUUGAUCCUGCAGAAGCUCAAGGACCUUGGCUUACUCUGCCAGGGUCUAGGCUCGACUGGGGGAUGGAGCCACAACAGCAGGAAGAGGAAGAGGUGCCGAGGAAGAGCAACACUCAGCUGUGGUGCCCAGAAAGAAGAAAAGGGGAGCAUCUCCAAGAGGAGGCAUCUCCUUUCAGCCAGGAAAUGCUGGCAUCCGGGGGACAGAGAUGCCAGAAAGAAGGUGAGAAGCAAGAUCGAUGGAGCGCAGAGGCCAAGCUUCAGCUGCCAAAAGGUUGUAGAAGAGAAAGCUCAUUCUCUGAGGAAGGGAGAUCCAAAGAAGAAGAAAGCCAGAGGCCCACCGAAAAUGGCUCUGGCCGAGGCAAAGAGGCAGGCAUUGCUUCCCCAGGGGAAGAGGUGUCCAGGCUGAAAAGAUCAGUGAAAGAGGACCGGCAGUCUGAUGGAGAGAGGAGGAAUUAUGAGGAAUCCCUGAUGAGGGAGCUCUCUGAGAAGGUGCAGAAGGUGGUGAAGAACAGUAGCUGGUGGGAGAGGCAUGGCAUUGAUGACACCAUUCUUGCGCUGAACUUUCUCAUCCUACCAGUAGGGUUCCUGCUUCUACAUUCUGAUAACCUUUCUGCUUUCGUGUUGGGCAUCGCUAUCCUAGGGGUGGCACAUCACACAUUCUCAGUGAAAGGGAGCCAUCUGGCCAGUCACAAUGCUCUCGUGGAGUCGAAGUCAUGGGGGAAACUGUGGGCCAUAUUCUUCAUUGAGGUUUGCUCCGCUUUCACAGCAGAACAAGGAAUCUACAAUCAUGUGAAAAUCCACCACGGUUACACGAAUGUCAUUGGUCUGGGAGACUCCAGUACAUGGAAGCUUCCUUUCCUGAACCGCUAUGUUUACAUGUUCCUUGCACCUCUUGCUGUACCCAUUAUCACCCCUUUAGUGGCAAUUGGCUUGCUCAAAGAAGUUCAGUUGAAAACAGCCAUCCGAACCGUGUGUUGUAUAUUUAUUGGCCUGUACUCCCAUUACUGGCUGCUGCUUAAUAUCUCAGGGUUCCAGUCUGUGUGGUCUGCUCUCAGUUGUAUGCUGGUCACACGGUCUCUCCUUGCCCAUCCUUACAUCCAUGUUAAUAUCUUCCAGCAUAUUGGCCUUCCAAUGUUUUCAGCUGAGAGGAAGCCAAAACGGAUUCAUAUGAUGUCCUGUGGCGUUCUGAACUUGCCUCGAAAUCCUCUGCUGGACUGGUCCUUUGGGCACUCGAUCAUCAGCUGUCACGUGGAACAUCAUCUCUUCCCAACACUUUCUGAUAACAUGUGCCUGAAGAUCAAGCCCAUUGUUUCCCAGUACUUGACAGAGAAGAAAUUGCCAUACAAUGAGGAUUCUUACUGGUCCCGCCUGAAGUUGUUCCUGGACAAGUAUGAAGAGCUGAUGAUCCAUGCACCACCUAUUUCUGAACUUGUUGGGAUUCAAUGAUGGCACUUUAGGACAAAGCCAUUAUAGCCAUAAGACAAAAGUGUUCCUUUUUUAAGGUUCAAAAAAGUGUAGAACCCAAUUUAGGGUCUGAUCCAGCCUUUAAGAAGAAAACCAGCAUGUGUUUAAUGUCUUCCAUAAGAAUGACUAUGGUGAAGAAAUGCCAGCCACUUGGUGAUGGUUUUAAAGGAAAAAUCAGUAGCUCCAAUAUAAAAGAACCAGAACAGAAAAAGAAAUAUUGACAUUUUGAAUUUUUUUUCAGUGCUUUUACUUUCGGACAACAGUGUCCUUGAUGCAAUCUAUUCUGUUCUCCUGCUUUAUAAUUCAGGGAGGAAAUUAGAAGGGCUCAUUUGUGUGGUAUUUCCCCCUGUCUUAAACAAAGAUAAUUUCCAUGUCAGAAGACACUUCUACACCAUAGGAUGCUUCCAGAUGUUUGUUGGUGCUGCUAUGGCUGUUAUUAUCAAAAGGCACUGUGCGGGUAUUAAAGGAUUAUUUUUGUUUGGUUCUAUAUAAUUUUGCUUUGUUCCAUGUAAACUGCCC